AUGCGUACAAAUCGUACCAAAAAAGAAUCCUUUUCGGACGGAUCAACAGCGGAUAAACAAAUGUGUCGACCUCGGUCAAAAGAAGUUACGAGUUUACAAAGUUCAACGAAACAGUCCAGCUCAUCGGUACCAAUCAAGAAAAAUCUACCUAGGCGUAAGAAAGCGCGAACAUACCGAGUUCGUCGUGUGGAUUUUUAUGAUUACAGAAGUCAGAUAGUCAUCAAAAAUAGACUAAGGAUUCCUUAUCUUCUCAAUAGGGAGCUGGCAACUGAAACCAAUAAUGGGAGCGCUCAUAUUUUACCUCUGAAAAUGUGUGACCUUCCGUCGAAACUUUGUGAAAAAUCCUUUAAGCCUCGUUUACGUACUCAUGGUAAUUCACCAAAUUCUGGAGUUGACAAAGAAUUCGACCUGUCACUACUGUUGAAGAAUACUAAAGAUGUUCAUCAACACAUAUCACUGCUAUUAACAACUCCUCAUACGUUUGUUGGUCAACGUUUAUCCCAGGAUGGUCGAUGUGAAUUUCUCAUACGUUGGAUUCAUGGAUCUGGGCAGAACACUAUUCCCCCUACUUGGAUUUCCGAAGAAGAGCUACAAAUGGCAGCUCAUUUAGAUUACAGUCUGUGA